AUGUUGAGUGUCUUUCAUUUGCUUUUUGGAUUAUUGUUCGUGUUCGGAUGUCAAGCUUCUGACAAAGAACAAUAUCGCCGACUUCUUCUGAAUGAUCCUGAUGUGAUUGGUAACCGACUGGCACAUCUCGAGUCAAGUUUACAAUCUGUUACAAAUUCUCUCACCGAUUUGCAAACAAAGUAUGGAACCUUACAGAAAGAUCUGGCGGCGGAAAAGGCACAACACAUACGUGAUAUGCUGACUUUACAGGGUCAGAGUUCUACCUAUAUUCGAUGGGGAAGAAGCAACUGUUCCGGAAUUAACACUGAACUUGUUUAUUCAGGUUAUGCUGCUGGUGAAAAAUACACCUGGAGUUCCAGUUAUAAAGGUGGUGCUUCAAAUAUGCUGUGUCUCCCGAAUAAUCCAGAACUAAGUGAUAAAGCUGGAUCAGGAGAUAGCUUUAUCUUCGGUACAGAAUUUGAAGGUAAUCUGUUUGCCUCUGAUUCUGAUGACGAAGACGUACCCUGUGCCUUAUGUAGGAGUAGUAAUACAGCAUCAUCAGUAAUGAUUCCUGGUAGGAAAACAUGCUAUGCUGGAUGGAAAAAAGAGUACAAUGGGAAACUCGCUGCUAGCGCAUACAGUUACACCCCAUCGCCUUAUAUCUGUGUAGAUGCCAAUCCAACGUAUGUAAAUGGGGGACAGCAAAACAACAAUGAUCACUUGUUGUACGUCACAGCGAUGAAAUGUGGAUCAUUGCCUUGCCCUCCAUAUAAAGAUAACGUCCAAGUCUACUGCGUAGUCUGUUCAAAAUAA